UCGUAGUGUAUGUAAUCAAUACGAGAAUAAUAAAAGUGAUUAUUUCGUCACAAAUACGUACUUUAUAAUGAAAAAUGAAUACAAAUCAGUUGACUGCAACUUGGAAAGUAAAUCCCACCAGCUUAUGCGACCACGAAUACUACGGACCGCUGAUUGAUUCCUACAUAAAAAGUAUUUUAAAAUCCGGCUUAUUGUUGGACGAAGACCUAGAAGUUCUUUUAAGUAUUUCUAAAUUUAGACACUUCCCCGAACGAAACGCUUACAGACCAUCGUUAAGUCUAUUAGCGAGUAUAAUCUCGGCUCUGAGUGCACCAUUUCUAGCAACAAAAUUGAGAAUGCCUUUGCUGGUAAUCCCUCCCUUUAUAGCCUCAGUAUAUUUCACUCUCAUCGAGUACAAAAGAGAAAAAAGAAAACAAGACAAUGUCGGAGUGGUUGAUAGGCUAUUGGAAGUUAUAAUUAAAUUGCAGAAAUUUACAAAAAAUGUUAUACGUUACAUGAAAACCAGGUAUGAUUUAGGAAAGACAGAUAAAAGUUCGUUGGUUCUGCAUGGCAAGAACGUAGGAGAAUUUAUGAACGUAUUUUUACAAACCAACAGUAAUAUACUUACAUUUUUAUCUAACAAUUUAAACACCUUUACAACAUACUCUCCCGAAUUACAAGAAGAUUUUAAAAGUUUAGAGCAUUUAAAUUAUUCCAAUAUAUUCGAAAGCGAAAAUUUUUAUGACACAGAAGACUGUCUAUCAUGUACUCAGAAAGUGUAUGAUAUAAAUGUACUGAUUUUUUCUAAGCUUAUAAGUUAUAUAGGAAUAUUAUUUAACUCUACAACUUUACGUGAACACAGCUGUAGCACUUUAAUUAACGAAACAUUACAUGAUAUAGUAAAAACUUUAGAGCAUUAUCACGAUACCACAAAAAAGCAGUUUCUUUUCCUAAGACAUUCUUCUAAUAAGAAAUCAGAAAUUCAUUUACAAAGCGAAAUGAACAAACGUAAAAGUAUAUCUACAAAACUGGAAGCAACACUGAUUUCUUCAGUAAACAAUUUAUCUGUUAUAUUGGAGAAAUCACAAAUUGUCUUGGACAAGUUGGAAAAUAAAACUGAAAAGGACUUACCACACAUUGGCAAUGCUCUUGUAGAUCUAAGAAAUCAUACGUUUGCCACUUACGAAUCCCUAGAUCUCCUCUGUAGACUUUAUGGAAUACUUUCAAAUGCUACAGUCAAUCAGACAGCUGAAGCAGCUAACAGAACAUCGAAAAUGAAUACCAUCUCUUCCGAAACAGUUCCUACAGUAAGUUAUGAUGAUGAUUCUGAACCUGUCGAUGAAAAAUUCGAGCUUUAUAUCGGGGCCGAAGAACCCAUUGAUGAGCAUCCAAAACCAGACUAUGAAGACCACUCGAGUGCUUACCUCAGUCUAAUGCUUCAGGAAUUGAAACAGUCGUUAAAACAACACGAAAGAUUUAUAGAGGCAAAGAAUAAAAGAGGAGACGAAGAUGAAGACGAGAUGGAAUUGGAAACGAGACUUUCGAAAGCGCAAAAGCAGUCGCCACCUAAAUUUAACUUAAACCAACUCAGAGACAAUUUAGAACAAGACCAUGCCCUAGUAAGAAGUGAAUUUGUAAAAGAGAAUACAAAAUCUGAAGUAGUGCCAAAUUUGCCAGCUCCUCCCCCUCCGCCUCUUCCUCCAUUCUGCUUGAACGAUUUGGAGCAGGAAACUGGCCAGAUAAAUGCUCGGUCCAUGUUGGAAAAUAUAAAGGUCCUUUCUAGUCAAAGAAAUACCCAAGAAGACGUUUUUGGUGAUUCCGAUGAAGAUAGCAACUGUUCUGAUUAAGUAAAAUGAGUGAUGCCAUCC